UGCCCUUUCCCCGGGGAGAGCGAGGAAGAAAUAUUCGAAAAUAUCACUACACAAGAAGUACGCUACCCCCGAUACCUGAGCAUGGAAGCCACCGUCAUCAUGCGGCGACUGAUGCGCCGCAAUGUGAAUCAACGACUCGGCUCGUCCGCUCAGGAUGCAGAGGAAGUAAAACGACAGCCGUUCUUCCGCAAUUUGGAUUUUGUAGCGUUGCUGGAUCGCAGAUUGCCACCACCGUUUGUUCCCACUGUGAACGGUGCGGAGGACGUGUCCAACUUCGACGAGGAAUUCACUCGGGAGCAGGCUGUUCUUACGCCUGCGAAGGAUCGUGCAGCACUAACCGAGGCGGAUCAGGUUUAUUUUGCUGACUUCGACUAUCUUCCAACUUUCGUGUGA